CGUGUGCUGCCGUCCUGCAGCUACCUGGUGGGCGACGAGCUCUGGGUGGUGAUGGAGUACCUGGCCGGAGGCUCGCUGACGGACGUCGUCACGGAAACCUGCAUGGAUGAAGCUCAGAUAGCCGCCGUGUGCAGAGAGUGUCUGCAGGCGCUGGAGUUCCUCCACUCGAACCAGGUCAUCCACCGAGACAUCAAGAGCGACAACAUCCUGCUGGGCAUGGACGGAUCCGUCAAGCUCACCGACUUCGGGUUCUGCGCACAGAUCACUCCGGAGCAGAGCAAACGCAGCACCAUGGUCGGGACUCCGUACUGGAUGGCUCCGGAGGUGGUGACCCGCAAAGCCUACGGGCCCAAAGUGGACAUCUGGUCUCUGGGCAUCAUGGCCAUCGAGAUGGUGGAGGGAGAACCGCCGUACCUGAACGAAAACCCGCUCAGGGCGCUGUAUCUCAUAGCAACCAACGGGACGCCGGAGCUGCAGAACCCAGAAAAGCUGUCGACGAUAUUCAGAGACUUCCUGAACCGCUGCCUGGAGAUGGACGUGGAGAAGAGAGGCUCGGCCAAAGAGCUGCUGCAG